GACAGGUUAUUUGGCUCUCUGUCCCCCUUAUCUCCCAAUUUGGCUCUCACUGCUCCCAACCCGCACCGAAAACGGUCGCUUUGAGGAUCAGUCUUUCACGAUGGGUCGGAAAUUGGGCCUCUUCCGUGCUAUCUAUCUGGUGUCUGCCAGCUGCAUGGGCUCUUUUGCCUUUGCAUUUGACACCGGUGUUAUCAGCGGUGUCCUUACUCUGUCUUCUUUCCAAAAUGACUUCGGAUACACAGUGGCUCAGAAAACCUCCGUCAACUCCAAUGCCGUGUCCAUCCUCCAGGCAGGUGCCUUUUUCGGCUGCUUUUUCACGACACCCAUCGCAUCCUACCUAGGCCGCCGGCUCGGCCUCAUCAUCAGUUCCCUUGUAUUUACUGUCGGUACCAUACUACAGGUCGUUAAUUCGCAUACUCUGGGGACGUUCUAUGCUGGUCGAGUGAUAGCUGGUCUUGGUAUCGGCGCCGCCACGGUGCUAAUUCCCGUGUAUGCGGCUGAAAUGUCUCCCAAAGACCUACGUGGCCGACUCGGUUCCUGCUUCCAGUUGUUCUUUGCCUUGGGAGUUAUGGUCGCCUACUGGGUCACGUAUGCUGUGUCGAUAGACCAGCCGUCCGCAACAAAACAAUGGCAGAUUGCAUUGGGCUUGCAGCUUCUCCCUUCGUCUCUUCUUCUGUUCGGUAUGUGCACGGUUAAGGAGAGCGCUCGGUGGCUCGCCUCCAAGGGCAAGAUCGAUAAGGCUAGAGAGUCCCUGAAAUGGGUCAGAGGCGGAGAAGAGACCGAGGAGCUCCAGCAAGAAUUCGAUGAGAUUUUGGCAGGUAUUGAAGAAGAAGCUCGAGUCAAACAAGGCUUCACCUUCCGGGAACUGCUGCUUCCCGCGAAUCGCUACCGGCUGUUCAUCGCCUUUACGAUUCAGCUAGCGGCGCAACUUACCGGAAACACGUCCCUGGCGUAUUACGCCACUCAGAUCUUUUCCGCCGUUGGUGCAGGAAACUCAAGUAAGCUGGUGACAGGCUUCUUCGGUGUGGUGAAAGUGGUCGGUGUCUCUAUCUUCCAGAUUUUCGUUAUGGAUCGCAUCGGUCGGCGAUGGCCGUUCAUGAUUGGCGCCGCCGCAAUGGGAUCGUUCAUGCUCAUCAUUGCCUGCAUUUUGGCCACGCAUCCGACCAGCUCCAGCGACACCGGAAGCGCCUCGCCAGCUGGAAUCGCCAUGAUUAUCAUGACAUACUGUGAAGCUUUCAGUUACAACAUGUCCUGGGGCCCUCUUCCCUGGCUGUACGUGGGAGAAAUUUUUUCGAGUCGCACUCGUGAAAUUGGCGUGACCGUCGGCGCAGCGUCACAAUGGCUUUUCAAUUUCAUGAUGUCGCAGGUCACGCCGCAUGCAAUUGACAACAUCGGAUGGAGGAUGUUUCUAAUGUUUGCGAUCUUCAACUACGCGAUCGUUGUAUAUUCAUACGUAUUUCUAAAGGAGACCUCCAAAUACUCUCUUGAAGAAAUGCAAGGCGUCUUUGGUGGCAGCGAUCCCGCCAAGGAUGAUAAACUUACGACUACUGAAACAGCAGAUAAAACACAUACGAGCGAGGUUGAGGACAAUCAAGGGACCAGCAGUGCAACGCCAAAAGAAGGAUAAUCGAUAUAUUACUUAAUUAUUCAUGAUAAUGUGUGCAUAAUAGAACGAAGUGAUGGGACAAUAGCAUUGCACAGCAUACGAUAAUGGCGAGGGUCGUCUAUACACAGUGACAUGACGUGGCAUCAUGAUAUAUUAUUUUGACACACUUCAAUAUCUCCACAACACAACAUCAACCAUAUCAUAAUUCGGAGACUCUUACUUUUCUACCAGUACAAAGAACCUGGCCUGACGGUGGCUAGGCAGAAAUUAG